AGAUACAAAAUAAAUGCAUCGUUUUAUAACAAUGGAGCCUCUAUUGAUCAACACGAUAUGGCGCUCCUACGCAACGAAAUUAACUAGGUCCCAGGUGACUUUAAUGGCGCGGGGAUUGCCUAAAAAGCAACCGAUUAUUGGAGUGCAAGAUAUUAUAGUCGUUGCCUCUGGAAAGGGUGGUGUAGGAAAAAGCACCGUGGCAGUUAAUUUUGCCUGCAGCCUGGCAAGACUGGGAAAACGAGUAGGAUUGCUGGACGGGGAUAUCUUCGGGCCAACUAUUCCACUUUUAAUGAAUGUCCAUGGUGAGCCGGGUGUGAACGAUAAAAAUUUGAUGAUCCCGCCGCAAAACUACAAUGUAAAGUGCUUGUCUAUGGGCAUGCUGACACCUGUAGAGGCCUCUGUUAUCUGGCGAGGUCCUCUUGUAAUGUCAGCAAUACAACGACUGUUAAAAGGUACUGAUUGGGGACUUUUAGAUGUCCUGGUUAUAGAUACUCCACCGGGCACUGGAGAUGUGCAUCUCUCACUAUCCCAGCAUACACCCAUCACUGGGGUUAUCCUUGUAACAACACCUCAUACUGCAGCUGUUCAGGUGACCUUGAAAGGUGCAAGGAUGUACGAAAAACUAAAGAUUCCCAUAUUUGGGGUAGUAGAGAAUAUGAAGUACACCAUUUGUCAGAACUGUAAUCAACGAUUGGAAUUUUUUAAAGACAGCCGUAUAAGCUCUCUACCCCGCAAGCUAAUUUCUCUUCCGUUAGACUCACAAAUAGCGGAUAGCAACGAGAGUGGAGUGCCUGUUGUAAUAAAAUAUCCAGACAGCAAGUACUCUAAUCUAUUUACCCAAUUGGCUGAGGAGAUUACACAAAUACUUACCGAACAAAGAUGUAAACAAAAUCAAAAUAACAGUGCACAUUAAAAAAAAAAUGUGUGUAUAUCGAAAAUUCUUUUUACUUACAUUUGUUAUGCUGAUCUGUUAAAACCAAUAAAGUUAUUAGGGAAAGGACCUGUUGUUUCGUUUCCCACAUUUACAUUAAACAACAAAAACCCAAAACCAUGACAUGCUUUACAGCUAAGAUUAGGAGUAAGUGACAGAUACAUUCUUCAUGCACAACUUCAAUAUACUUAUGACAGAAUUUCUGCAUCCAUCAUAUUUUGCAAAGCCUUUUGGUAUAUCCUUAAGUGCAUGCCAUCUCCUCCAUCGCAAACGACACGGCCAACCUGAACUUCACUCAUCCCCGUGUGCUUACGUUACAAAAAUUCCACAGAAAAUUAUCUUAGAAAGCAGAAACAAAAGACCUUGACCUUGGUCUUGAAGUCAUUAAAAGAUAUUGCCCGAGAAAAGCGGAUUGGCAAAACGAACCGAUCUCUGAAGAAGACGACGAAACGACAAUCAACUACAAGAUAAGGCAAAACUUGUUUUUCGUAAACCAAAAAUAAGGAUCGAAUGUCGACAAAGUACUGAAAAUAACAGGCAUCGAGUAACUACAGAGCGUGCGCGCCGCAGAAAAGAGGUGUUUUGUUUUUGGGCACUCCAAGAAUUAUUGUCUUCAGAAUCCCUUCCCUGGUAAAUGUGCUGGCGUGGGAGCCACUAGUUCUAGAGCUGGAAAACCAUCGAUGGCACUAUCGAUACUAUCGAUGGUUUUAAGUUUUUUCAAACAAUCGAUGCUUUUCGAAAACAAUCCAACAAUCCGAACUGGCGUCACUAACACUUUGAUACAGAGAGAGAGACAUAUUAUAGAAAAGAAAUUACUAUUUGAGAAGAUUGGUGGUGUUGGAAGAGGUUGGAUAUGGAUAAAUACUUGAAAAACCCAUUAACAACUGUGGAUAACACGACUCCAAAAUUGGAUCACUUAAAACGUGCAGAUCCCUAAUAUCUGGAGGCUGCAAAGGUUGCUCCUUGCACUAGUUUGGAACGGUUCCUAAAAACUAACCUCACUUAUAAAAAUGGGUCAGCAAAAAAACGGAGCUGGACAAGGCAGUAAUGCGUAUGAUCACGAUGGAUGUCCAACCCUUUUCUAUUGUUGAAGACAGGGGAUUCUGCGAUUUGAUUCGAAAGCUAACCCCGAGGUACAAGCUGCCCAGUAAAACCCAUCCUAGGAAUGUUGUUCUUCCACGUGAAUAUGAAGGUUUAAAAUUGAAGUUGCAGGAGGAUUUAACUUACGUUGACAAUGUAUCCAUUACUACUGAUUGUUGGACCUCGGGUGCUAAUGAGGCGUAUCUCACUAUAACGUGCCACUUCAUUAACGAAUGCUAUGAACUUAAAUUAGCAGUUUUGUCGACGCAAAAACUUGUAGAUGCAACUUACCAACUUACCGCUAGUAAUAUUGCGAACUCACUCAGCACCGUUUUGAAUGGGUGGAACCUUUUAAAUAAGGUAGUAACGAUUGUAACAGACAACGACGCGUCUAUGAAAUAAGCGUGCGUGAAAAUGAAACAUUUGCCUGUUGUCUCGCAUACUAUUAAUCUAUUAGAACAAGAUCUCCUGAAAAUAGAUUCUAUAGUGCCCUUACUAGCAAAGUGUAAGAGAAUCGUAUCGUUUUUCAAAUCGAGUUCAAUCGCAACAGAGAAACUUAAAAAUGCACAAACUUCUGAAUCACGCUAUGGACUUAUACAAGAAGUUCCAACGCGUUGGAAUAGCGCGUACUUAGUAAAUGACUUUUUGUUUACAUCGAACUCAGAGCAAGCCGCGAAAGCUUUGGAGUUGGAGAUAUUUUCAAGUUUGUCCCGAGUUCCUUCCACACCUAAUAUUUCAACACCACCAGACACUCCACAAGAAAAAAAAAGAACAGUUUCUUUACUUUUUUAGAAACGAAAAUUUCAAAUAAAGUUCACUCAAACAGAGCAGACUUAAUAAUGCACUUGAGGACGUAUUUUGAGAGACCUAAUGAGUCGGAGGAUAAGGAUCCCCUGCUUAUUGGAUGGCAAACAGUGAGAGUCUGAAGCCAAUAACCAAACUUUGUAAAAAGUACCUGUGCAUUCCGGCUAGUUCAACAGAAUCUGAAAGAACCUUCAGUAAAGCUGGUCAGAUUGUAUCUGACCGCAGAGCAUCGCUUAAACCAAAAAGGUCAGAAUGGAGUACGACGGCAGUGUAUAUGCGCGGAGGAAGUGCAACCAACAAGGAUUUGCGUUGCAAUUCGAAAGCACACUUCGCCAAGGAGUGCCUUAAGCUAAAGAGGGAGCCGGGAUGCUGCUAUGCCUGCCGGACGUUUGGACACUUCGUUGGACAAUGCCCGAAACGCAAGAACAGUUAUAUUGCCUCAUAGACAGUUGAGCAGUAUAUCCGAGGAAAUUAAUUUACAAUCCGUUUCUGAAAACUUGUAUGGGCUGAAUAAAAGCCAACUGACAA